ACGAGCUUGAUGUCGCUCCCCGGCGCCGAGGCUUGAAGGAAGGAGCGCUCCGUCAGGUCGCCCGCGCGCUCUGCACGCGCUCAGGAGCCUCUUUCUUUCUCUCUCUCUCUCUCUCUCUCUCGUCCCGGCCAAAGCUCCCGGGAGGGGCUGCGUUGAAAGGCACCGGGCGAGGGGCGGUAGCUGAAGCGGCCUCUCGAUGUAGGAUGUCUCCUCUUCGCCAAUGGCUCGGCGGCUCCCGGCGGGGAGGACGACGCGGCUGCCCUCCUGAGGCGCCCGCCCUGGAGACGAGGCGGCGGCGGCGGCAGCGGCAGCAGAGGCAGCGGCGGCAGCGGCGGGUUUCCUCCGGCAACUUCGCUCAGGUUUCCCCGGCGGCCGAGCGCCUGGUGGGCUCGUCGUCCUCCUUGGCCGGGCUUAUCCUGGAGCGCUGAGGCGGCGCUUCGCGGAUCCGCGGCCGGAGAAGCCCGGCUCCAGCCCGCCUUCCCCACCCCCCCGCCGCUUUUCCGUCCCCUCUGGACCGGCCCGUGGAUUUCGGAGCUUGUUGGGCAGCGCUGCGUCUCCCGUCGUCUUUGAAACAAAACGUCGGACGGCCCGGUGUUGCCAGUCGCUUCUCCGAGACUCCCUUAUUAUUAUUAUUAUUUUGGAUGCGGUUACUCUAUGCAGCCAAUAAAAACAAUGAUAAGAAUUUUGGCUUCCUGCUUUCGAUGGACAGUGUUGUCUGACAAAUAACACAUUGAAGGCAUUUCUUAUGACUCAUGUUUCUGGACCAACUUCCUCUUGCUCAUAACUUGGCAGAGCAUUGCGGAAAUCGGUGAAGAGGAAGCUGAAGGUGGAUUUUCAAAGGUUGAAUUAAGCCCUGGGCAAAAAUCAUUUUAAAAAAAGAAGCACAAACACCAUUAGAGCCACUGAAGAUCAAUUUUGUUAGAGAAUGGGUUUACAGAUUUAUCCAUGGAGCUUCUAUCGGUGACACAUCCUAGCACACCGACUGGCAGUUGCUUCGGAGAAAUGAUUAGAAGCCAUCAUUUUCAGAACAAAGAAAGUUGCCUUUAAAUCAAGAAAGGUGAGUGGUAACAUCUUCCAAGGCCUCUGAACAUCAAAGUGGAAGAGCCGGAAGACCAAAAGAGAGAAUCGCACGCACGUGCUCACAAAGACAAAGCUGUGGCCUGCCGUGUAUGGUUUUUCUUUUCCCCCCCCGCUCCUCUCCCCAAGCCAAGGAAAGACACAGAAGAGGGAUGGUUGCAAGAUGAACCCAGGAGCCUGGAGUUUACAAAGGUUUGCCUGAGAAAAGAACAGGAGGCCCUUCCUGGGCUUGUCUUCUUGUCUUUGAAGACUUGCCACGGUCCAACGGCACUGCAAUGGCUCGGUUUAAACCUUCAGCACAAUUCGCAAGGAAAAUAUUUGGAUUGCAACUUUUGGACAGUUUUUCCUGCUUUGAAGUAGUUUGUCAUGCUUUACCAGUGUGAACUCUGUUGACCCGCAUCCCCGCCCCCCAACCCUCUUUUCCCCUAUUACUUCAGGAUUUCCCCCCACCCCUGAAUCAAAUAGCAACUUGUGACACUUUGAAAUCUUGAAUCUACAGCGGCCCUUGGGCAGCUCUGCUUUCAUCUCCGAUGCAAGCCAAGCAGGAAACCUACAGGGGAGACCUCCCUUUGCUGUAAAUGAAGCCUGGUGACACUUUCCUGAAAUAGCAUUUCCAAGCCGCCCCCCUCUCCUGCUCCCCCUUUCAAAGGCCAUGGAUCCUGAACAAAGCAAGAGGAGCACAAAAAAGGGGGACGAGGCUCCAAGGAAGAGGCUGGUGAAAGGAGAAGCUUUUCAAAGCAGCGUCUCCUCCAUGACUCCCUAUCCAAGCAGCUCUGCUCUGCUGCCAGGCUCUCCCCUCCAUGAUGUUGCACCCCAGCAACGUUUUUCCAGGGAGGAGGCGACUCAGGAGAAGACGGGACAAGCUCAACCCAAGCAUUCAUCCUUCGAGCAUCCAUCCCACAUGGCCCAACUUCAACAGCACUCGUUGUCGCCAGCAUACAGGCCUCCCCGAAAGCAAGAGCACAUUCUUGAAGGCCCUACAUGGCAGCUUGUCGAUCCAGCAAGAUCAGUUCCUUCUGGCUCAUUUCCUUCUUCUGCGCUCCCUUCCAGUCACGGUCAGAUCUUACCAUCCUGCUCUUCGGUUUCUACGGAAGAGGACAAGACCCCUGUUCGAAAGGUCUACAUCCCUCGUAGCUUGCAGGUUUCUUUGAAACCAUCUGAAGAAGGACACAAGAAGGAAAAGAAGCCACAGAAGCCAGGCAAAUACAUUUGCCAGUACUGUAGCCGGCCUUGUGCCAAACCAAGCGUUCUCCAGAAACACAUCCGAUCCCACACAGGUGAGAGACCCUAUCCAUGUGUUCCCUGUGGCUUUUCCUUCAAAACCAAAAGCAACUUGUACAAGCACCGAAAAUCUCACGCCCAUCGCAUCAAAGCUGGAUUAUCGUCAGGGACUGCUACAGAAUUGUACCCUUCCAGCUUGGAGGUGGAGAAGAUGGGUGGGGAGGAAUUUGAAGAGCCUACAGAAGGAGAAAGCACAGAUUCUGAAGAGGAGACCAGAAGCACCCCAGGCCAUUUCUUGGAACUAUCAACCAGGCGAAAGCAAACCAUGUUGUACGGGGCAGGAAGCCAAGGUUCAAGCCAAGAAAGCUCUUCUUUCCCCCAUUCUAGCUUGUCGCAAUCCCUUGAUGACAGCAGCGCUUUUGUAGAGCCAUCACCAGACCUCGCCCAAAGUCAUAAAUCGGAAGAAACACACACUAUCAAACAAAAGCUCGCCCUCCGUCUAAGCGAGCGGAAGAAAGUUAUCGAGGAACAGGCUUUCCUUAGUCCCGGCAGUAAAGGAAGCACCGAAUCAGGCUACUUCUCAAGAUCAGAGAGUGCAGAGCAACAGAUCAGUCCACCAAAUACGAACGCGAAAUCAUAUGCAGAAAUCAUUUUUGGCAAAUGUGGAAGGAUAGGCCAGCGGACUGCUAUGUUGGCUGCAACCACUGCCCAAGAAUUUCCCCCGGUAUCGUCCGAAGAAAAGUUGAGUGCCGUUCCUUUGUCUGUGCCUCGGACGCAGGUUAUUGAACAUAUCACCAAGCUGAUCACGAUCAACGAGGCGGUUGUUGAUACUAGUGAAAUUGAUAGCGUUAAACCGAGAAGGAGUUCUUUGUCUAGACGGAGCAGUAUCGAAUCUCCGAAGCCUGGCUCUUACAGAGAAUCGUUUCAGCUGGACAUCAAACCUAGUUCCAGUAGCCAACCAGACCCAUCAAAGUCAUUGACAUCCCACGUCGAAAAAAUGAAGCCUGAACCAUCCUUGUUAGCGUUCCAACAAUCCCACAGUGCCACAGAGACAGUGCCUCUUCUAAGAAGCCAUUCUAUGCCUUCAGCUGUCUGCACUGUGAGUUCUUCUCACUCCUUUAGAGGUAGCUAUUCUUUCGAUGAUCACGUUGCUGAGUCAGAGGUCUUAAGCCGCAGUCCGAUGUCUUCCCACCCCCGGAUGCUAAAACGGCAGCCAGCUAUUGAGCUACCGUUGGGAAUGGAGUACAGCUCAGAAGAGGUUGGCACAACAAGCAAAGAAAGCUUUUCCAGACCUCAAGAAGAACACGAGACCAAGGAGAGUGAGUUGACCAAAAAGUCAAGGAAGGGCACCAAAGCAAAAGGGUUUAUGUACGAGUGCAACAUCUGUGGUGCUCGGUACAAGAAAAGAGAUAAUUACGAAGCCCACAAGAAGUACUAUUGUUCAGAACUUCAGAUCUCCAAACCUCAUCCUUCCAGUUCGUAUACUUUGUCCGAAAUGGAGAAAGGGUUGAUGGAAUCUGAUCCAGGGCCACAAGUGAUGCAUUACAAGCUGGGGACCAGUUUAGAACUGACUCCACUGAGGAAGAGGCGGAAAGAAAAGAGUCUUGGUGAUGAUGAAGAUCCACCAGCUUUUGAGUUGACUGAACCGUCCUUUUCUAGAAGUGGACCAGCCACUCAAUUUACUGGUUUGAAAUCCAGUGACGUGGCCUUGAACCUCACUUCCAAGUCUGGGAAGCCAGCAAUGGAUCCCACUCAAUCUGUGCCUCUUUCCGAUGUUAGUACAAGUUUUCAUCCUAGGACUGCAAACCCCCUGUUUAUUCCAGAAAGCAAAGAGAGAAGAACAACCUCAAAGGAGAUCUCGGUCAUCCAACAUACAAGUUCCUUUGAGAAGUCUGAUUCCAUAGAACAGCAGAGUAGCUUAGAAGGAGAAGAAAAGCUACUCUUGCCUUAUGCCUCCCAACCAGAGAUCCAGCUUGGCCGACCAACUCACUCUCUUCAACCAAAGCUUGUGCGUCAACCUAAUAUUCAAGUCCCUGAGAUUCUGGUCACUGAAGAACCUGAUCGGCCAGAAAUGGAACCAGAACCUCCACCAAAAGAGCCAGAAAAGAUGGAGACGUUUCAAUGGCCGCAGAGAAGCCAGUCUCUCUCCCAACUUCCUGCGGAGAAAUUGCCACCCAAAAAGAAGAGGCUACGGCUAGCAGAAAUGGCCCAGUCUUCUGGAGAAUCCAGCUUUGAGUCCAUCAGAAGCCCAAGUCAGGAAAGCAGUAUCUCCCACGCUUCUAGUCACUCAGCUUCCUUUGAGCGAGAGGAAACUGUUUCUCAGUCCUCUGAAUCCCAUGGUAAACCUCUUGGCCUUGGCCCCCACAUGUUGACAGUACCAAGUUCCCAUCUCCAACACCAUCACCAUCAUUCCCGAGAAAUGAGGAGGUCUGCUUCUGAACAGACGCCCAAUGUCUCACAUUCCUCUCCAAUGUCGGAGACUCGCAGCAAAUCCUUCGACUACGGCAGCUUGUCUUCGUCUCCUUCUACGUCCCAAACUCCAACCACAACAGCUGCUCCACCGGAGAGGAGAAAGUGCUUUUUGGUCCGUCAGGCCUCUCUCUCCAGGCAUCCAGAGCAUGAGCCAGACUCUGCCUCCAAAGGAGCAGCUGAGACAGAGGAAUCUGUGCAACCUUCAACUCAGUCUCCUGCUGCAAGCUUGCCCCCUCAACAGCUACCUUCCUCCUCCUCUUCCUCCUCUUUCUCUUCUCACAGAGGGUACCCAGAUCACAAGGAUCAGCCAAAAGACUGUCCUGAGUCCUCAUGUACAUAUCCCUACACUGAAGCUCUGCAAGUGGUCCAUCCGCCUGUCCCCCAUUUAACCCUCCAUGAAAAACAGUACAUGGGCCCACAAAUCUCUCUUUUACCAUUCCAGCACCUUUUGCCACCUCUGGAGCAUUCGGUUGAGCUUUUCUCCACUCAGACCAUGGCAGACAUCUUUUCCACUCAAUAUGCCAUCCCUCACGUCCCUCAUUCCUUAUUUCAGAGCGCGGCACUUCCUCUCCAAGACGCUUUGCUGCAUCCAGGCCAGUUACAUCUUGCCCCUCCGCUGCUGUCGCACCCAGCUGAUAUCGUCAUCAGGCAGAGCCCAUCAAUCUUGCCCUUGCAUUACCCAGGAUCCUCGCCUCUCCCUUCUGCGUUGUUUCUGCCUCUUCAGUCGCAGCUUGCUCUCCAGCUGCCAAGCGACAUCAGUGCCCACUUGCCCCAUCUCAAAUCCAGCCUCUCUCCUGAAAUCGGCAGCCGUACCUUCUCCCCGUCUAUAGAUUAUGGCACUGAGAGCCGACUGCAUAUUUUAACUCGGCCAAGCAGCCCUUCUGCCUCAAUCUCCAUUUCUCAGUUGGUGGUACCCGCCUGUUCAGAGCCUGUGGUAUCUCUGGUUGUCCCCGUUCGCAUUCAGGCGAACAUGCCAUCCUACGGCAGUGCAAUGUAUACCACUCUUUCCCAAAUCUUAGUCACUCAGACCCACUGUAGCGCCUCUUCAAUAUUACUGCCAAAAUUUGAGGACUAUCAGACCAAGGGUACACUGGUCUGCACGGCUGACGUUCACAGCGUCGGUCUUGAUUUGGCACAAAUGAUCACCGAGGAGCAGAAGACCUUGCUCCACAGUCCGUACCUGCGGCUGCCGUUUUCUCUAUCAGAAAGGAAAGGCUACUUUCCCCUGGGCCCCAUGUCUGAAAGUGACUUGGAUCUCGAAGGGAUCCCGUCAAAUGCCGGAGGAAGCAAGCGGAUGCUUUCCCCAGCUGGGAGUUUGGAGCUCACCAUGGAAACACAGCAGCAGAAACGGGUGAAGGAAGAAGAAGAAGAAGAAGAAGAGUUCUCCGAGACAGAAGAGAAGCUGGAAAUAGUGAUGACAUCCAAUGUAAUAGAGGAAAGGAAGAAACGCGAUCAAACCGCAGCCAAGGCAGAAACACUCCCUGAUAUAUUGUCUGAACAGUCGGAAUCCCCCAAAGGCCAGGCUGCCUUAAACCUGGUCUUGCCACAAUCUGAGCCCUCGGGCUUUGAAGUCCGAAAGGAAUGUGAGCAGCCAGUGGGAAAGAAGCCUGAGAGCAGCAAGCAUGCUCCGGAGAAAGUGAAGGAGGAGGAUUUGAAAGAACCAGCGGAAGCCUUGGUGGCAAGUCCUCCGAGCUCGGCACGUUCCUCCGAGGUUGCUCAAAGCUCCACGAAGUCUCAGGACAGUGCAGACGUUAAGAAGGUACUUCUGUUCCCCAGCCUCCACACAACUACUAAUGUCAGUUGGUGCUAUUUAAAUUACACAAAACCAAAUCACAGCCAGCAAGUUGACCACAGUUCCUCGGUGUAUGCCAGCUGGUGCAUUAGUCUGUAUAAUCCCAACCUCCCUGGUAUAUCUACUAAAGCUGCCCUCUCGCUCCUACGCUCCAAGCAAAAGGUGAGCAAAGAGACCUACACCAUGGCUACUGCUCCACGUCCAGAGACAGGGAGGCUUGUACCCUCAAGUUCCAGGAACCCCAAAAUGUCAGAGGUCCAUCUGCCCUCACUCCUUCCUAACGAAGGCCAGAAAGAUGCAAUGCAAGCCAUUAAGGAAAGGGAUAAAAGAGGAAAAACUGAAGAUGACAUUCCUGUAACCAAGCGAGGAGAACCAACCAGGAUCAAGAUCUUUGAAGGAGGGUACAAAUCAAACGAAGAGUAUGUGUAUGUGCGAGGCCGUGGACGAGGGAAGUAUGUAUGUGAGGAGUGUGGAAUUCGCUGCAAGAAACCCAGCAUGCUGAAGAAACACAUUCGCACGCACACAGACGUCAGGCCCUAUGUCUGCAAGUACUGUAACUUUGCUUUUAAAACCAAAGGGAAUCUGACUAAACAUAUGAAGUCAAAAGCCCACAGCAAAAAAUGUCAGGAGAUGGGUGUCUUGGCGUCUUCACCGGGGGAGCUGGAACCAGAGGAAGGAACCACUGAAGAUCUCUUCCAAGAUUCAGAAGGACAGGAGGGAUCUGAGUUACUCGAACACCAGUUUUCAGACUUGGAAGAGUCUGAUGACGAUGAUGACAAUGAGGAAGAAGAGGACGAGGAGGAAGAAGAGGAAGAGGAGGAAGAGGAAAACCAAGAGGAAUCACUCAGAAAGCCUUCUGAAACAAAGAACACUUCUCUUCCAGGGAACUCUUCAAGAAAUUCUUUCUCUUCCCAGGAGAAAGGCACCAAGACAACCUUGUCCACAGUGGAAUAUGUUCCCUCUGGCAAUGAAAGUACCGUUCGGUGUUCCCAGACUGCCUCCUUAGAGCCUGAAAUGAAAUGGUCAGCCGAUAGCUGUGAAGUUGCUGUGUGCCACAGCUUGUUAAGACUUCACCGACCAGCUCUGUCCUCCAGUGCGCUCUCAACGUCAGCUGAGAAGGAAUCUCUGAGAAGACCGCAGAUGCUCUUAGCAAUGGAUUUGUCCGUCUCCAAAGAUCUCACGCCUAGAAGGAAGUGUUCCCCGAACAAGGACUCUGGGCUUAGCAGCGAUGGAAACAACCGGUCCUUGGCUCGAAAGCAUCUGUUAACCAAAAAUGAAACUUCACCAAAAAAAUUGUCCUACACGGGAGAAAUGCCCUCCGGUCACCAAGCUCUGAGAGAGUCAUUUGUCCUCUGUAAUUCAUCACCAAGACUUGAGAUCUCACCAAGCAGAUACUUUCCUUCAAAGAGGGAGCUCUCAUCUCCCUUAUACCUUCCGCCAGCAAGGGGGGUUUCUCCGGUGAGAUGCGUCUCUCCAAACAGGGAAAUGUCAUCGUCUAGAUACUUAUCUCUGAAGAAAAUGCUGUCCCAGAGCUAUUCGGAACCACCUUCACGGUAUCCAUCCCCAGGAAGAGAGGAUAGGCCUUCUCAUAGCCAAGUGGCCGUAGAUGACAAAGUUCAAAACUUACGUAAAACUCCGCAUGGAAUAUCAUCUUCAGUGCCUCUACCUCACAGGUCCUUUGACAAAGAUACGGAGCUGCAUGAAGACCCUAAACUGAAGACAGAGUCCAGGAACCCAACGGCUUCACCAGGCAUCAUUCAACAUCUCUAUUUCAGACCUUUGCAGUCGCUCCACCAAGUACCCCUUCACGCUCCAGAUCGAGUGGAUGACCAUAUUUUUAGUCAUCUCCCUUUGCACUCCCAGCAAUUACCCAGGAGCCCUUGCCCGAUGAUCCCAAUUGGGGGCAUCCAGAUGGUCCAGGCGAGACCCAGCACCCAUCCCAGCUUGGGGCAUGGAUCAGUGAUGUCCCUGGAGGCCAGCUACUUUGAACUCAGCGGUAGCACUUCCGAAUUCAGCCCAAUGAAAGCCAGGGGCAAAGAAACUCCAAACAGACAUGAAGCUCCUCCUUUAUCAGCCACCUCGCCGCUUCACAGCGGCAUCCGCGUGGAAGAGAAAACAAGGACUAGCGAGCUUCGGCAAACACGUUCCAAGGAGGGAUACAGGGUAAAAAAGUGUAGUCCAGGAGAGCAGGAGAGCUGUACGGCCACCCCGAUGAGUUCCUGCUCAAAGGGAGAGUGUUCUCCAAAGCCUUUGGCUCAUGGGGAAGGACCCUUCACCAAGAAGGGGAAAAAAUACAGUGGCAGCUCGUGCACUACUUUCAAAUCCACCUGCGCUUUUAUUUCAAGCAUCCCCACACCGUCACUGGACCGAAGCAACAGCAUGGGCUGCUUGUUGGAACAUUCAUCAAGCCAGUCCUCUCACCAGCUCUCCACCAGGAGGAGGAACCUCUCGGGAGAGCCAGCCCCACAAGCAGGGGCCUAUAGGAGAAGAAGUCCAUCCUUAGAACCUGCUGCGGGCUUUGGCUUAACUCCAAACCGAGUGGAGAACAGUACAGGAAAUACUUAAGCCCUUGCUGUGUCCCGUCAACCACUUUUCAGACGUCAAAGCAACAGACCUUGGCCAGCGCUGUUGUGUCGGUUUUAGAAUAAUUGUCGCUAAAGGAAACAAAUUCUCCCUGGUGUAGAGAAAUCAUCCUCCCUCCCUCCCAUUUUACUUUCACAUUUACUUGUGCCUUUAUCAACAGCCCCCCCCCACUUUUUUUGUUGUGUGGUUGCUUGACAUGCACACACACGCGUACACACGCACACACACACACACACACACACACACACACACAUACAAAACUGAAGCUGCGAGUGUUUUACUACUCUUGAAAAGGAGUUCAUCCCCCAUGCCCUUCCCAUUUGCCAUUAUAACCACGUCUGUUCCCAACAGGCUCCGAUAAAUGCAGACAGGAAAGAGUCCAAAAUCUUUUUUUUCCGAAGGAUGCACUGAAAACUUCUAGGAAAAUCGACGCCUUUUCAGAGAUACAUAACUGAUUAGGAAAAGAAAAGAGAGGAGAAAAAAAAAAAAUCCGCUCCCCCUGUACAGAAGUUAUAAUCCCCACUCCCCAACCCCUAUUUAUUACAUGCUUUAUUUAAUAUGUGGUGAAGUGCUUGUUCUUUUAUAAUGGUUCUUUUUUUAUUUUUAUUUUUAUUAUUCUGAUUUGCAUUAUUCUGAUUGCCUGUAAAUGUGCUUUAAGGACAGCUGUGACUG